ACGCUUGUACCGUUGCAGCCUGAAAAAGACCGCUGAUCAAAGUGCCAUUUGUUCUUGGUCUCGUUGAGCUAAAACUGAUAAAACAUGACCUUAAUACUGUUCGUCGCAACAGUCGUUAUCUCUUCCUUUCUUUUUAUUGGGGCGCAAGAAGCGAAUGACUGUACUGACCCGAGAGGCCGUUUAGCAUGGAAGGCAUUGCAGUCUGCAGAUGAAGGGCACAUGCUGUACACCAGCUUUGAUGCGUCUGUGAUUGUGUGCACUUACGUAACGCAGAAUAGUGAAGACAGCAGUACAAUGUCCGUACGUGGGAACUUCAUAUACCAAAUCAACGACCUUCCUCUCGUCUACAAUGAUCCCAUCACCACGAAAGUUGAAAACUGCGAGGGCCUCGUAGCGGUAUAUAAUGAGACAAGUGGAGAAAAGGUAUCACAGUCCGUGAUAUUGUACUCAGAUUUUGGCACCUGCACCAUCUUCUUUAAUAUAGAGCAACAAGAAUGCCAGCUGUGGGCGUACAGAAACGCUUCGAAUGAUGUUGUCCAGGGAUGCCUUGGUAUUUACAAGACGAUAUGCGAAGGAGAAAUAUACGAGGUGUACAAUUCAACAUGCCUGACGUAAAGAGACUUAAUAUAUAUAUAUAUAUAU